CGCCGCCGAUGGUUGAGAUGGGCAGGAAUCCGACAGCGUGGAAUCGGCCGCCGAUGAUUAGAAGAUUCAAUAUUGUGUGGAGCAUAAUUAUGCACACGAUUUCUACACAAUGAUGAUGCUCGAGGAAGGAAAUAGCUGCCUAAUUGCGAGCGAGCGAGAUAGAGCUAUUUCCUAACUGAGUGCAACCAUCCUCUUCUCAGCAUCAACGAUUGAAUAUUCAGCAAGUAAGUAUAUUUCAUUUUUCAUUUUUUGUUUAGGGAUUAUUAUAUUAAAACAACUCGCAAUUUAUGAUUUUAGUAAUACUAUAGUGGUGCUACUUGAAUAGGAGCAGCUUGUAUUUUCCUCUAUUUUGUGUGUAUUUCCAUAAUUUCAUUAUCAAUACUACUCCCCAUUUUGUGUUCUGUAGCUGAGUUAUGUGGAUGCUUCCGCUAGAAAAAAAAUUGAGAAUUAGAGAUUCUCUUUGUAAAGGAAAUUUAAAGACUUGGUUGUAGAAGAUUUCCAGAUUUAAUUUUCAUUUCCAAUUGGAGUAUUUCAUGUAUGGAGUUUCUGACUUUCUUCCAUUUGUUUGAAGUAUUUUGAGAAGAAAUAUACAGCCGUUGUGAAAAACAUAAUUCUCCAACUCUAACCAUGUUCAUCUAGAAAAAUAAGGGCUGUAACCGCGUAUGCAAAAUGGAAAAGAAGAACAUGUCUACUAGUUGACAAAUGUGAACUAGUUGUACAUUUACAUUGUUCUUAAUCGCAGUUAGGUGGCAAAAUUGGAGCAUCUUUUAUGAUUAAAAACUGCCUACAUAGUUGACAAUUAAGCCAAUAAUGACAUGCUAAUUAAUUUUGUUAUGGUUAAUCAUGUGGCACUGCAGUGUUAGCUGGAAAUCAUGCCACCUUCAGUAGUUUCAACUCACCAAUGCUAAAUAGGAGCAUUGAUUAAUUCAAGUGUAUGAUAAAAUGUCGAUCAUGCAAGCUAUUUUUAUACUGCCUUUAUUGUCUCCUUCCUCACUUGCUUCUUUCAUUCCUUCUUUCUUCACAUCUGAGCGUUGAGAAAACAAUCAAAGCUUGGAAUUGCUGCAAUGGCAGAGGCAGUAGUGUCGACUGCUUUAGAAACCAUCCGUGAUUUGCUAUUGGAAGAAGGAAGGUUUUUAGCUGGUGUGGCCGAUCAAGUGAAGGAGCUCGAGCGGCAGCUUAGAGAGAUGAAGUGUUUCCUCCAAGACGCUGACAAACGACGACACCAAAGCAGAACCAUCUUCAAUUGGAUCUCGGAGAUCAGAAAUCUCGUUUACAGAUCUGAAUCCGCCAUUGAAAGGCACACAACUUAUAGAGUUUCUUCCAAGAGAAGAGGCCUCAGACAGUUCGUCUGCAAAUAUUCCUGCAUCUUGAAAGAUUGCUACUCACUCCACCAAUUAGGCUACGAGAUUUCACAAAUUACAUCAAAUCUCGAGAGGAUAAGCAAGGAUAUGCAAGAAAGUGGCAUAAAAAGAAGCAUAAUCAUCAAUCCAAAUGGGGAGGGGGAAAGCUUGGCUGGAAACAACACGUCAAUGAAGACUUUCCCUUAUUUUGAGAUGGGAGAUUGCUUCAUAGGCAUGGAGAAUGAGGUGGAGCAGCUUCUUCAUCACCUCGGGAAAGACACAGAGGAUCGAAUUAUUUCAGUGUGGGGAAUGGGAGGAUCAGGCAAGACCGCCAUUGCCAAGAAGCUCUACAAUGAGAUGACUGACUUUGAUCUCUCAGCGUGGAUUUGCAUUACUCAGCAAUGUAAGAGUCGAUCAGUUUGGGAGGAUGUUCUGAGGCAACUAGAGAAGAAGAGGAGUGUUUCAAGUCUGAGUCAUGAGCCACGAAUGAGGGAGGAGGUUCCAAAUCUGAGCGACUCAGAGUUGAUUGAGAGACUAUGUGAGAUACAAAGAGAGAAGCGGUGUCUCAUUGUUUUGGAUGAUCUUUGGGAGCUUUCUCAUUGGGAUGAGAUGAAGCAUCCAUUCAUUCUCCAAAAUUUGCAGAGCAAAAUCUUGGUGACUACACGGAAACAAAAGGUUGCGGAGAUUGGAUUGGCAGUGGAACAUGGGCUUUUACAUAUGGACGAUGCGUUAGAACUACUCAAAAACAAAGCAUUUCAGCAUGGAAACAUUCCAGGCUUUGCAUUUGAUGAAAGAUUUGAGAAAAUUGGGAAAGAAAUGGUGCGGAAAUGUGGGUAUUUGCCAUUGGCAAUUUCUUUACUCGGUGGGGUUUUGAGAAAGAAAAGUUCGAUUGUUGAGUGGGAAUUAGUAAACAAGGAUAUUAAAGAAGCCAUAUAUAGAGAUGAAAAGCAGAUUGAUGGAGUGCUAAAUUUAAGCUAUGAAAGUCUACCCUAUUAUUUGAAGCCUUGCUUUCUAUAUAUGGGUAUAUUCAAUGAAGAUGAAACUAUAGUUUCUUGGUAUCUAUAUAAGAUGUGGAUAGCACAAGGCAUGGUUUCAUAUGAGAAUAUUGGAGACAAGGAGGACACUUUAAUGGACAUCGCUGAGAUGUAUUUGAGUGAGUUAGCCUCCAGGUCCAUGGUUCAAGUUGAGAUUUUUUAUGAUUAUGAUGUAGCAAGUAGAAAUAUAAAAUUUGGAUCAUUCAAACUUCAUGAUGUAGUACGAGAACUAUGUUUGAAAUUGGGGAAAAGGGAGCAUUUUGGUGUACAGUGUUUGUUGUAUCAAGGUGGGAAACUUAGUACCUUACUGCGGGAUGCUUCCUCACAUGUGAAGAUGCAACAUUUGGCCAUCCAUUUCAGAAGUGAAGUCGAGCACGAGCUUAUAGUCGCUUGUGGAGAAGAUACUAGCGAGCACUUAAGGUCUAUUCGAUUAUCCAAUCUCAUAGGAUCAGAUGUUGUUGAAUUCCCCCCACAAAGUAUUGUUGAUUUUCAGAAAUUCAAAUUGCUAAGAGAUCUAGACAUCGUGAGAUUCAAAUUUGCAGGAGGAAAGUUGCCGAGAGGAAUCACUAAACUUGUUCACCUUAGGCGUUUGCGUCUAGAAGCAUGUGAACUUGAUAAGCUACCGUCAUCCAUGAGCAAUUUGGUAUAUAUGGAUACCCUUGAUUUAACAGGUUCAACGAAUGUUGAAGUUCCAAAUGUUUUUAAGGAGAUGCUGCGAUUAAAAUACUUGGGUUUUCCUAACUAUGGAAAUGAAAAUAUUGGAAAUUAUCGAGUAAGCUUGGAUGAGGGAGUAUAUGAGUUGGAGAGUCUACUAUUCUUUGACAGUAGAUGCCAUGAACUUAAAUGUGUGGACAGAAUGAAGAAUCUCAGACACUUUAUGGCAAGAAUACACGAUAAUGAAAGCUUGUCAGCUAUCAUGAAUGGCAUCAUGAACUGGAACAAGAUAUGGGAUUGUGGUGUUUUUAGUGAAGAAAGUUGCGACUUAACAAGUGGGCGAUUGCUGGAGAAGGCUUUGACAUGUCCCAAUCUUUAUGAAUUGAUUACUUUGAUUAAGUUAGGGAAGGCGCUGGCAGAGUGCGGGAGUGAUUUGUUGAGUUCGAAACUUAGAUGUUUGGAUCUGAUUAAUUCUGAGAUUGAGGAUGAUCCAAUGGGGAUACUGGGAAAGCUUCCUUGCUUGAUAAGAUUGUGAUUAUAUAAUAAAUCAUUUAUUGGGGAGGAGAUGAGGUGUCCUGCAAAUAGUUUUCUUCGCCUCAAGAGGCUAACAUUAAGAGCUAUACCAAAGUUGAGGGAGUGGAGAGUGGAGGCAGGAGCCAUGCCCCUUCUCUCUAAAUUAACAAUUGGAGAGUGUUCUUGUCUUGAGAUGGUGCCAGACGGAUUAAGUGGCAUUUCUACCCUUCAGACUCUCAUAAUUAAACAAAUGCCGAAAUUGAGAGAAAGGGUAUCACCAUCAGGACAGGACUUCCACAACAUCCGCCAUGUCCCAUCAAUUAUCAUCAAGGAAUAGUCUUCACCCAGAGGUUGAAUAACUGAUCAUCAACGCCACUUUUGGUACUCAAAGAAAACAUUUUACCUUUCUCUAAAGGGGACAUUCCUUGUCUCGUCGUUGUAUUUCUCGAUUGUUUGUGUAUCAGUAAUUGUUUGAAAUAUUGGUAAGUCAAAGUUGUGUAGUAUGGGUAUUACAUUUGAAAUGAUGUUAUGUUUGAAUUGAAAUUGAUGGUUUGUAACAACUAUUAACUCAAAUGUUGAAAGUGAAGAUUGUGUAUAUGUGUUUGCGUUGAA